AUGCUCUGCUCUACUCUUCUCUCUCUUUUUUCUUUGGCCCUCUUUGCUCAGGGGGACGUGACCAAGGAGCACGAUGACCGUCUGACAACAGCCGUCAUUCUGGAAACUCCCACCACGGGUGCCAGCACCACGCCGGAGGGCCGGGCUUUCCUUAAGCUUGCUCGAGUUGACGGCACGACGGGCUCUCAGAUUGUCGAGGUCAUCGGCGAGAUCGGCGAGCAAAAGCUAAUCCCGUAUCCCGAUGAUGCGUGGAACUCGUGGAAUGCCACCACCGAUAGCGAUGUCAACUCGCAGAACAAGUACGUCUCGGCCAACUCGUCGAAGCUCAUCUCGUUCAACCUAACUACCAACGAAGUGCAGCGGAUCUACUACCUCGGAGACGUGACCACUGAAGACGGCUCGCUGAACGAUGUGCGCUUCAACGGCAAGUACGCCUACUUCACAGAGUAUACCAUCGGUUCCCUCAUUGUACUGGAUUUGGAGACGGGCUUUGCCCGCAUGGUGCUUCGGGGGCACAGGUCGGUGGUCGCCUUGAUGCCACUAUCGAGCGACGGUCAACUCGUGCGCACUCAGUCGACUGGAAGGUUUGAGUAUAUCCACGCCGACCAGCUCGAAGUAUCUCCAGACGGCAGAUACUUCUACUACCAACCCGGCAUUGGCUACAUGUGGCGCAUUGAAACCAAGUACCUGAACGAAGCCCUUCACAAUGACAAGGCGGCGGACCUGCUCCCCAAUUACGUCGAGCCAUUUUCGUUGACUCCCAGCACUGGUGGCACUGCUAUUGAUGCGAAGGGCAACAUAUACUACAGCGACGGUGACCGGCAAGAAAUUCGCGUGAUCGCGCCAAACGGGACAACCACUUUGUUGGUGCGCGAUGCUAGGCUGAGCUGGGUGGACGCGCUCUGGAUCGACACGCAGCAGCGUCUAUGGAUGUGCGCCUCGCAGUUGGGCCACAGCACUCGCUUUGUCCAGCCUGAUAAUAAGACCAACACUAUUGUGAAGCCUAUCUAUGUCUAUAACAUUGAGACCGGCAACAAUCCGUCUCCAAUUGACCAUGCUUGA